AUGCCUGACGGCUCUAAGGUGUCCCUCUCUGACUGCACAGGCGACCGCCGUGCGGUUCUCAUUGGGAUCAAUUAUACUGGGAAGGCUAACCCUCUUAAUGGCUGCAUAAAUGAUACCGCGGUUAUGAAAAAGUUUUUGAACACCGUUGGAUUCCAGGACGAGCACAUCCGCGUCCUCACAGACGAUCAAGUCGGCACAGAGUGGAUGCCGACCAAGGAAAACAUCAUCCGCAAUCUCAAGUGGUUGAUUCGCGACGCAAAGAAGAACGACUCGUACUUCCUGCACUACUCUGGACACGGAGGUCAGGUCGUCGAUAUUGAUGGCGAUGAAACGGAUGGGAUGGACAACUGUAUUUUCCCUCUGGACCAUGCGGAGAAUGGGGUGAUUAUUGACGAUGAGUUGCACAAUUUGCUGGUCAAAGCCUUGCCUCCUGGAGUCCGACUCACCGUCGUGUUCGACUGCUGCCAUUCGGGAUCUGCCCUUGAUCUGCCCUUUAUAUACGCGGGCACGGGUUAUGUCCUGGGUUCAAAUGCCCUGGCCGAUCUCGGCUACAAACUUGUCAAGGGCAACUUUGAUGAAAAUACCCUCAAGACGCUCCAAGAGAACUGGAAGGAGCUACAGCUAGAGGAGAAGGAGUUUAAGCGCCAGACAGAGCUAAAGGCCGCUAAUGCAGAUGUUAUCAUGUUCAGCGGGUGCAAGGACGACCAAACCUCCGCCGAUGUCAGUAUUACUCGCGGUGGAAAGUCAUCCUCGAACGGCGCCAUGACCUAUGCCUUUACCAAAUGUAUUCGCGAGAAUCCUGUGCAGUCAUACCAGGAGAUGCUCAACAACAUCCGCGAGUUGUUGAAGGAGAAGUACAAACAGAAGCCUCAGUUGAGCUCCUGUCGCGAGAUGAAGAUGAGUUGUGAACUGUUCCAUAUGUAA